AUGGAUCGAGUUAAGUGUGCUCUGUGUGUCUUGGUCUUGGUUCUGGGGACAGGGCAGGCGCGAGACCUAUUCUCCGCUUAUCCGAAGCCGGCCAAUCUAAGCGACCACUACACCCUGUCAGGGACCGGCGAUGAUCCUUGGUUUUGGACUUGCAAAAAAGGCGCCUUGUCCUCCAAGCUCCGCGCCUCAUUUGUGACAUUUGUUAUCAGCACAUUCCAGCGGGACCCGAAUAACGAGCGAGCCUACGUGAACGCCAUGCUGAGCGCAGCCGAAUGGUCGAUACCCGUGAGGCGAGUGUACUCGAAACGGCUGCUCAAAUCGAAAUACCUCGAAGAGGUGACGAUCAACACGGUGGAGGCCUUGAUCAAGAACAAGAGCGCGAAACCGCAGGAGGGAUCGACGCCGCACUACACGGAGAGCGCCACGGACUUGCACGAGGUGACGAUAGGGGUGGAAUCCUCGAUCGAGUCCAAGUCCACGAUCGGGGUGCCUCUCGUCGGGAGCACCGAGUUCACGAUGAAGCUUGGGGCGAGUUACUCCAAUACAAACGCCCACUCGGAAACCCGAGAAAUCUCGGCGCCGUCGCAGAAGAUGACGCUAGACCCGAAAACCCAGGCCUUGGUGUCCUUCACCUUCUGGAAGAAGAAAAAGCGGAACGAGUAUAAGCUAGCAUUUGAGGUGGACGAGGAAGACCAUUUCAGGAGAUUGAAGGACCAGGUCAAACGCAAGGAGAUCGAAUUGAAAUUGUACCGCGGGAGCUCCGACCCAUUCGUGAAAUUUGAGAACGACAGGUUCAUUGUCUGCGAUUUCCCCGUCACGCAGACGCUGUGGACCUACGGCGUGAACGUCACAUUUGGAGAACCCGAGCCUCUCGCUAAUGACCUGCCGCCGGGCGUCAUGGAAGUGAAUUUCUAAUGAUAAUGAUGGUUUCAAAAAUAUUUUUUAUUCUUCUUCAGUUAGACGGGGGAAAAAUAAACUGAUUUCAUCUCUCA